AGUGACGGGAUUGUUUUCACUUUUAAUCUUGUGUAGACAACUCACUAAGAAAUACGACUUGAGUGUUCCGGAAGACAUCACUUCGGAUUUGACCGUCUUGCAGAGAACAUCGUUUAGGAAUUCCUCUGUUUCGGCGACCAGCAUGACUCUGUUCACCAUCGAUAAGAUUACCGAGAAGGCGGCGCCGAGGCCGGCUGCUCAUCAUCACCACGCCCGGCGGUUCCAGCCCUACCACCCGUACCCGACCGUCAGCGAUGCCGCACCGGUCGGCUACCCGGCGUACCUCGGCAAACUGGCCCACUCCAGCCCGCUACCGGUAACCGGCCCGUCCGGACAACGACGGGACGAGUGUCUCAACUCCACUGGGGGCAGCCCGUCCGUCAGCCCCGGGGGCUACAGCGCCGUCAGCAGCAGCGAGGCUGGGUCGCCCGAACCGGAAAAGGCUCCUUCCAAAGUUACCGACAAGAACAACAACAAGAAAUCAGAUACAGAUGAACACAAGAAGCCUCCCCAUUCCUACAUCUCCCUCAUCGCCAUGGCAAUCCUCGCCUCCCCAGAGAAGCGUCUCCUCCUCUGCGACAUCUACCAGUACAUCCAGGAGAACUAUCCCUACUACCGCAACAACGACCGGAGCUGGCGCAACAGCAUCCGCCACAACCUCUCCCUGAACGAGUGCUUCAUAAAGUACGGCCGCAGCGGCGACGGCAGGGGCAACUUCUGGGCCGUCCACCCGGCCAACGUCGAGGACUUCUCCCGUGGGGACUUCCAUCGUCGCCGGGCCCGCCGUCGAGUCCGGGCCAGCGACAUGAUGCUCCACGGCUACUCGGUGUACCACCCGUAUGCCGCUCCAUCAACACCCGCUCAUGCCUACCCGGUUCCCGUGGCCGCCACCCCGCUGGGAUUCGUGCCCAUGACUGUGACCACCUUACCCCCGUACCCAGUCUCCACUGCCGUGUACCCACCCAGCAGUUACCCAGCAGCCGGUUACCCAGUGCCCACUUUGAACCCACUUCCACCGAUGACUUCCACGUCUACCAGCCCAGUCUCCACCCGGCGGAGCUCGCCACUCAACCUUGCCAUCCCCGGCAAGUCUUCUCCAAUCUUCACCACAUCCUACGAGCACGCUCCCGUCAGCCUGCCGUCUUCCUACCCAUCAACCCAGCCGAGCUACGUGUACCCUCCCUCUACGACCCAGUCGCCCUUCCACUACAGUCCCCCAACAUCAAGAGACUCACCCCUCGCCAGAUACCCACCCACAACCCUGGGGCUCGCCCCGGCUCCUGGGUACGGGUACCCUGCCGUUUCCCAAUCAGUUAUCACGAGCUCCCUGGGCAGUUACCAGACUGAGUCCGCCAUUCCUCGUUUUUUGCACUAAAAACUCUUUGAACAUUUAAAGAAAUUUGUUUUGACAAUGGAAACAUUCGUCGUAAAGUAUAUGAAAGCCUUCGACAAAAAAAAACACACUUCAGCGCUUUCUGAACAUGAGCUGGACUUCUCAAAAAUCUGAAUGAAAAUUCUUAAUUUUUUUUUCUUAAUUAUAAACCAUUUUUUGAGUAACUUGCUAUAGUUUUGUAAACCUUUUGUAUAUAAUUAUGUACUAUAUACGAUGUCUAAUUUGCUUUGAGAAAGCUAAGGUGUACAGUUUAAAAAAAUGAAUUUGAAAAAUG